AGAAGUAUGUCAUCACCGGUGGAGCUAAAAGAAAAACUAUGAAUGGCUUCAAAAUAGGCUGAAAUGCGAAAUGAGACAUCUACGCUUUAUCGGACGCUGCGUUUUUUUCCAUGUGACAUCCAAAGGGACUGGGCAGUAAAGGGAGAAGAAGGGAACAAAAGAUGUCGGACGUUGAAGGCGCUGACAGUUCAGAGCAGCUGAAUAAAUUUGAGAAAUUGACAGGCAGGCCGCCGCCCGGACCGAUGUUAGCAGGUCCUCGAACUCCUCCCGCCCGCAGCGGCCAUCGCUGCGUCGCUGACAACACUAACCUGUACGUGUUUGGGGGUUACAACCCGGACUUUGAAGAGUCAGGGGGCUCCGAAAACGAAGACUAUCCACUAUUCAGGGAGCUUUGGCGGUACCAUUUUGCCACGGGCUGCUGGCAGCAGAUUCGAACUGAGGGUUACAUGCCCACAGAGCUGGCGUCUAUGUCAGCUGUUUUACACGGUAACAACCUUCUGGUGUUCGGUGGCACCGGGAUUCCCUUCGGGGAAAAUAACGGCAAUGAUGUUCACGUUUGUAACGUGAAGUACAAGCGAUGGUCGCUGCUCAACUGUCGAGGGAAGAAGCCGAACCGGAUAUACGGACAGGCGAUGGUCAUUAUAAAUGGCUUCCUGUAUGUGUUUGGUGGAACGACGGGUUACAUCUACAGCACAGACCUGCACAGACUAGAUCUGACCACCAGGGAAUGGAUUCAUCUCAAACCUAACAACCCGCCUGAUGACCUGCCAGAGGAAAGAUACAGGCAUGAAAUAGCACAUGACGGACAGAGGAUUUAUAUUCUGGGAGGUGGGACUUCCUGGACGUCAUACCCUCUAGAUAAGAUACAUGCUUAUAAUCUGGAGACAAACUCUUGGGAGGAGAUCACAACAAAACCACAUGACAAAAUAGGAUAUCCUGCUCCUCGACGAUGCCAUAGUUGUGUGCAGAUACGCAACGAUGUAUUUAUUUGUGGAGGCUACAAUGGGGAGUUGAUACUAGCCGAUCUGUGGAAGCUAAACCUGCAAACUUUCCAGUGGAGUAAACUACCAGCAGAGAUGCCUGAGCCAGCCUACUUUCACUGUGCUGCUGUAACCCCUGCUGGCUGCAUGUACAUUCACGGAGGCGUAGUGAACAUCCACGAGAACAAGAGGACUGGCUCUCUGUUUAAGAUCUGGCUGACUGUUCCCAGCCUGCUGGAGCUGUGCUGGGAGAAGCUUCUCAAAGCCUACCCCCACCUGACUUCUCUCCCCACCUUUCACCUGUACAACCUGGGCCUCACGGAGGAGCUCGUAGACCGUGUCAAGUAGGCACAGAGGAACGGGAUAAAUUUCCCAGCAGGACUCUAGAUGAUGCCUGAUGUAGCCCCCGCCUUAAAGCCAAAAACAAUGGGAUGCCUUUUUUUUUUUUUUUUUUUAAGUUCCCGUGUUUUUUGUUUUGUUUUGGGUUUUUUUGCCUGUUUUUUGUAGAUACGAGGAUGAGCGUCAAUAUUUUUGGAAUGUUUUAUGGAUUAUAUUCUAUUCCCUGUGCCAUCACUGCAUCUGUAGAGCAUUAAAUUCUGGAUGUCCUCUUCCAACAAACUGACAAGUUGUAGAAAAAAAAAAAAAAAACAAUACAAAAACUAUAUUUUGCCAUGUGAAAAGUCAGAUACUAUUUACUCUCACUUCUGCAAAUCCUCCAGAUAUUUUAUAAAUUCAGAGUGAAGGGAAUAAUGGAUGUAUAUUUAUUUCAAGGACUUGAUCACUUUUUGCUGGAAUUUUUAUUUUUUUUCCCCCCCAUCAUGAACCGAUAUUGCUCUUUGCACAUUUCCCCUCCUCUGAUGUUCUUGUUGGUAAUUUUCUUAUUUAAUAGAUCCUUUAUUAAUCUGUGGCUAGUUAUUUCAGCCUAAAGAGGGUGACACAUUGGUUUGCCAAUUUUUCACAGUUACACUGACACCAUACAGUUCUUAUUGUCCUUUCCCCUGAGGGGAUCUUCUCCGCUUUAGGUUGUCAGAUGAAGUAAUAGUCGUGCAAGUUUCAGCAGUCUAGUUAUCUUGCAAAUUUGCACGGACCGACGAACAAAGCUUUUAUCUCGCCUCGGAAACGUUAUAAAAUGUUUUAGAUCAUUUGUGGUCAAAUUACCUAAAACUUGUGCAGACACUUGGGUGUUCAUUGCCAUGACAAGAACAUUUGCAACUAGAUUUUUGUCUCUGUUCCUUUUUUUCCUGUUACCAUAUGGCUUAAACAUAAAAAGGAGAAUAUUUGAGUUAUUUCCCUGAUUGUGUCGAUUCCUAGCUUUAUUUGUGAAACUACGCCUCACUGUGAAUUGGGUGCUGUUUGAAUCUUAAGCUUUUCGUUCGAUGAUUCUUUUUACCUUCUGUUGAAGAAGAUGGCUUUGCACUGAGAGCUGCUUCAGUAGCACAGUCUUUUAUCCUGCAGUGCCUUUUUCUAAGAUGCAUGUUUAAUCCCUUCAAAUAUUCCAAUCAGUUCAUACAAGUGCUCAUUUUAAAAGGCAUGUUCUUUCCCCUGUAAUAAACAGGUCAGUAACUCGUAAUCGACUGCAGCAUGUUGCCCUAAAAGAAUUCUUGACACUUAAUGUUUGUUUAAAAGACGCCAAAUAUUGUUUCACUUUGAGAUCUUUGGUUUGACCCCUACAUGACUAAUCUUAUUUGAAACUUCUGCACUGCCUUCCCAGAUUCUUUAAUGCAUGAUCCCUGUAUCUGCUUUUCAAAAAAGAAAAAAAAUCUUUACUUUUAAAAUAUGCUUUACAGGUUUCCUAUUAAAAAAAAAAAAAGUUGUACAGUCUGAUUUUAUGAACAUUGUCAAUAAAAGUAUUGUCCAAAUAUA